UUAAAAUACCUAGUGCCAUAAAGGUAACCAGCUGAUUCAUCUAAAGCCCAGGGAAAACCGUUGGAGGAAACCCCUGGAUCAAACUUGCAAUUUCUUUACAACCUUCAUUACAAUCAAUUCCCGUUAUACGAAAUAAGUUUCCCAACAGCCUCUUCGAUUAAACAUAUAUCUACAGUAAACAAGUCUGCUAGCAAUGUGGGGGGAUUCAGUUGAUAGCAGCGCUCUGCGGGAGAAACUAGGAGGACUGCUUAGAUUCUGCCGCUCUGAUUCAGAUGGUGAUUUUCGUCUUGCGGAUGAUAGGAGGGACAGCAGCAGUUAUGGCUCUGAAGACCGGUGUUCGAUAAGGAAAAUUAUCAGGAACAAAUGCAACACAGAGGAAGUGGAGCCUGGCAAAUUCGUCAGGAAAUGUGAGAAGACCCAGGAGGUAUUCAGGAGUUGCGUUGGCAGGCCUACUGAAUUGAUUGAAUCCAAAACUGAAUACACAGAAGAUGAUGUGUCGAGAGAUUCUUCUAUAGUCUUAAACCCUCAAGGUCACAAGUUGGAUGAGCUGGAACCAUAUAUACCACCUAUUUUUCGUGGUGAGCUUGAAAACUUUCAACAGGGCCUGUUUGGAGGAUUGGAUACUUUAAUGAAUGCAGCUGAAGAUAUAGCUCGCGAUUUCUUUCAAAGCUUCGGGUAUCCUGUAGAUGGUGAUAGUCGCAGUCCAUUUGAAAGAGGGGUUGGCAGCAUCCCAAAUGAGCAAAAACACAGAGAAGAUAAGGUUCAUAAAGAAGAAACUGGUUAUGGAGAUUUGGCAGAGAGAUUUGAAGAGAUCUGAUCUGUAAGCCUUUCAUGUGUGGAUGGACAAGUUUCUGUUGUAGGUUUGGAUAAUAGUAUGAAAUAAAGAUACUGUUUUAGAUUUAUGAUUUCAUGUGACAAAAAAUCUUAUUUUUUCAUUAUUUAUUGAAUAGGAUCUAAUGAAUUUGUAAAAAGAACUAAUAAAAGGCACGCUUACUUUCAAGCAAUAGUCUAGAAUGUUUAGGUAAUCAAUGAAAUACAUUUAGGCAUUGUUGAAUCUAAUCUUCAUCAUAGGACAGACAAUUAGGAGAGAUGAUGUCAAGGUGGUUAAAAUCCAUUUGAAAAAGGGGUUGAUAUUUCAUAAGGGAUGAGGUUCAUCCAUUCAAAAGAGGGGUUGGCAGUUCCCGAAUGAGCGAAUUCCUAUAGGAGAUUAACCUCAUAAAGGAGGAUCUGGUAAUUUGGAUUUGGCUGAGAAGUUUGAAGAGUUCUGAUUUUUAUGUCAUUAAUGCUUUGGAAGGACAUGUUGUCAUUAUUAGAUUGGACAACACAUCUGAAGUCGUGACCAUGAAAUUAAGAUACUGUUUUAGA